UUUCCUAAUUUCUAUCAAUUAUCCCAUGCAUGCAUGAAACAAAUUCUAAAUAAUUUCCCACAUAAUUUCAAUUUCAUGAGAAAUUAUUGAUCUUGGUUAUUGUAAUAUAUACUGGGAUCUUGAUUUAUUUGUAUCUUUUAAGAUACAAAUUUUGAUUAACACAUCUUUAAUUUUCAAUCAUAUGCUAAAAUUUGGAGAUUGGGAAGAGAUAUUGAUACAAAUUUUUGGUUAAAGGGGAAAUUUUUCGUGUUAUAAUGUCGUCGAAUUCAUAUGGAGAUCAUUAUAAUCAAAAGAUUGAUUAUGUUUUUAAGAUUGUUUUAAUUGGAGAUUCUGCAGUUGGAAAAUCUCAAUUAUUAUCUAGAUUUGCAAGAAAUGAAUUUACUUUAGAUUCAAAGGCUACAAUUGGGGUUGAAUUUCAAACAAAAACUUUGAGUGUUGAUAAUAAAACUGUUAAGGCACAAAUUUGGGACACCGCGGGACAAGAAAGGUAUAGAGCAGUAACAAGUGCAUAUUAUCGAGGUGCAGUUGGCGCGAUGCUAGUCUAUGACUUAACGAAACGUCAAUCAUUUGAUCAUAUGGCUAGAUGGCUGGAGGAACUAAGAGGUCAUGCAGACAAGAACAUAGUUAUAAUGCUCAUCGCGAACAAAAGUGAUUUAGGAAGUCUUCGAGCUGUACCAGUUGAAGAUGCUCAAGAAUUCGCAGAAAGGGAGAAUCUUUUCUUCAUGGAAACAUCCGCUCUUCAAUCCACAAAUGUCGAGAGUGCAUUCAUGACAAUAUUAACAGAAAUUUAUAAAAUCAUUAGCAAGAAUACACUCAUAGCAACUCCGGGAGCUGAUUAUGGGAAGUCACAAUCUUUAAAGGGAACAAGGAUCAUUGUUCCCGGACAGGACUCAGGUUCUGGUGGCAAUACUGGUGGCUGCUGCAUGUCAUCGUGAAUUCUUUAUUGAAUUCUGGAUGUGUUUUUAUUUAUCCAAAAUCAUAAUGUAACUGGAAAUUAUUUAUAUGUUCUGUAGAAUAGGGAAUUGUUGUUGAGGUUGAAGUUGAUUUAGAUAGUUUGUUUAGCUUUGUGUGUAUACAGUUCAUUAAGUUGUUUACUCAGCAUCAGGGAUGGAGCUACUAGCCUGUCUACGGCUUCUGUCAUGUAUUUGAGUUAAAAGUUUUACGUAAUAUGUAUAAACAAUUUAUCCUUGCUUUUCUAGGAUACAACACUUGUAAACUCAAAAUUCUAGGUCCGACAAAGUUAUAAACACACCAAGA